CUGUAUCAAAAUACAUAUAAGCUCACAACUCCUUGAUUGAAAUAAGCCAGGAAACGAUUCGCUUGCCUGCCAUCGUUUGAAGGCGGGAGUCGCUCUACUGGCCAGGCCUGAGUUACAGUGCCUGGCCCCAAAUAGCAGCCAUGGGCUUCAUUCUCGCCGAGAAAGCCCCGGGCGCUAGCAAAUUUGGGGGUUGCGAUGGCAUGGUCGAUGCCUGCGUCGCGCCCGACGCUGCGGGGCUUGACGCGGCGCUUGGCGAUGCACAGGGCGGCGCUGGUGACGGCGCGGAGCCUGAGCUGCCACUGGCGCCGCUGCUGGUGGCCUUGCUGCUAGCGACACUGGCGGUGUGGGUUGCUGCUGGAGCCGUGCAGUGUCUACUGUCGCGGCUGCUACCCUCCAAGCGCAUGCGGCGUCUCAGGCACUGGCCGCGCCAUCACCGCCACGGCGCCGGCGCGCCCCGCAACGGCGACGGCGACGGCGUGGACGACGACUCCUCCGCCGCACCCUUCGACUCGCCGCCCACGCCGCCGCCCACCACCUGGCUUCGCGACGCCGAGGGAGCUGCGGUCGGGGCCGGCUACUUCAAUAGCGCUGGCAGGGCUGGCGGGCGGAGCGUGCUGGCAGGCGGCGGCGUUGCCGGCGGCGGCGCCGCUGCUGCGGGGUUGGCCAGUCCUCAGGAGCGCUACCAGGCGAACGGCUACUAUGCGGGAUCACACUACUCAACACCCGGAAGUAACAUGGAGCCCCUGCUGUUCGGUGUGGGCGGGCCCACCUUGUACGGCGGCGGUACGCCGUACACCGGCACGCCGUACACCGGCGGCUGCGGUGGUUACGACGCGAACGGCACCGGUUACAACACGGGUGGCGGCGCGGCGGCGGGCACUGGCGGCGGCCGGGCUUACGGCCUGACCCCGGCCUCCGGCGGCGCGGGGGGCUUGCGGCUGCGCAGUGCGGCGCAGCGGCGGGAACGCAGGGCGGCGGCGGAGAUGGCGGCGGCCGCCGCCGCAGGCAUACAGCAGCAGCGGCGGCGAGGCGGCCUUGUCGACUGGUUUGCGCGCUUCAGGCGCCGACGUGACGACAACACACACGGGGAUGGGCACACCAAUGGCUACGGCCUCAGCGAUGACGGUCCCUCCACCAGCUACGGCACCGGCGCGGCCGCCACUGGCGAGGCGGCUGGCGGCGGCAACGGCGGCGGCGGCUGGGACCCUGCACUGCUGGCCCGGCAGGCGGCGCUGCUGCCGGCCAUCAGCAGUGUGGAGGGGCUGGUGGCGAGCAAGGAGUUCCAGGAGCACAUGCGCGCCACCCGGCGGCGCUCGCCCCUGCUGGAGCGGCAGCAGGCGGCGGCGCGGCUGGGUCUGUACGGCCAUCUGCGGCGCAUGGAUCCGGAGGCCUUCAGGCGCCUGCUCAGCAGGAGCGACCUGCGGGCCUAUGACAGCCGGCCCGCGCCGCUGCCGCUGCUGCUGGCCGAGUACCUGGUCAGCGGCCUGGCGGUGCCGGCGGCGCUGGCGGCACUGGCGGCGGGAGCCCUGGGGCCGGUGCCGGCGGCGGUCAGGUACGGCGCAGUGGCUGGCUGGCUGGCUCUGCGGCUGUGGCUGGCGGCGGUCGGGCAGGUGAGCCCGCUGGGCCGGCUGUGUAGCGCCUACCUGGUGUACGACGACGUGGGGCCGCAGCACGAGCAGCUGUACGGCAACGGCUGGGCGUGCCUGGCGGGGCUGGGGUCGCACCUGGCGCUGUCGGUGGUGGAGGUGUGCCUGGCGGCGGGCAGCCUGGGCCUGCUGGUGCCGGUGUCGGUGAUGAGCCUGGUGCUGGGCGGCGGCGGCGGCGGCAGCGGCGGCUUGCGGCGGGGGGCAGGCGACGGUGAGGCGGAGGAGGUGCGGCCGCGGCAGACGCUGGCAAUGCGGCUGCUGCGCGUGCGGAUGGAGGUGGAGGUGUCCAGGCCCAUCGCGUUGAGCCCCUACUCGCCCUCCACCGACCCCACCGCCGCCAGUGGCGCCUCCCCGCUCCCCACGCCGCUCCCCUUCGGCUUCGGGUACGGCUUGGGCGGCAGCAGUGACGCCGGCGGCAGCUUGGAUGACUUUGGGUUUGGCUCGGCUCAGGCCAGUCCGCGCGCGCCGCCUGGCUCGGUGCCGGCGCAGACCCGGUAUGGCCGCCUGGCCCCGCCGCACUGGUUCCGGUGAGGCCUUGUCGAGGAAAGGAGGAUCGUGUGCAUGAUGAUGCGGGUCUUGAACGAUGCCUUUUUGUAAAACACCGGUAGUGUGGAUCGGCUGACUGCUGGCUGAAGUGGGUUGGUGCGUACCGUGUGUCAGGCCGUUAUGUGGCGGAAUGAAUGUGCUCGCAUGAGUUGUGGACCAAACCGUGCCAACUGUCGAUGGCGGGUCAAAACUAAUCUUUGCCGCCACCGCCUCGUGCAUGCUUGAGGGCAGGGGUGACCCUUGCUUGAGGGCUCCAGGCUGGUCGCUGGAGGCCACUUCGGGGACAAGCUACCCCCGGCUCCGCACGUGCUCAAGCGCUGUGCAGCUCUAGUGCUGAAGUUGUAAGCUAGUCGUCGCCUCAUACGUUUCCCCAUACUACCUGCCUGCAACACAAGGACGCAAGGAGCUUACUACGCACGAAGCAUGACAAAGCAGGGCGUGCAGUGGCAUGCGUGACCAAGACAUGUCAAUUGUGGUCGUGUGCA